AUGUCGCAAAUCAACUAUCGCACCAUCAACAUCGACCAGCUCGACCCGGAGUCGUCGGUCAACUUUCCCAUGGAAACCCUCCUCCCCGCCACGCUGCCCCAAUCCGAGACCUCGAGCGACGCUGCCAAUGUUGCUACGCAGGUGCGCCAGCUGCUGCGCGGCGGUGACGCCGAGGGCGCACUCCGAGCUGUUCUGGACACUGCGCCGCUAGGAGGCGACGAGGGUGCGAAGCAGGUGCAUCUUGCUACUGUGACCGAGGUUCUGCAAGGAAUUCGCCAGGGCGAGAUGACUCGUGUCCUGGAAGGUGUCUGCGCCGGAGAGGGUGGUGCGGAGCGUGCUGAUUGCUUGAUGAAGUACAUUUACAAGGGAAUGUCUUCUCCUGCCCCCGGUAGCGGAUCCCAGUCACCACGCAACAAGUCUGUCUCCCCUCAGAGCACUGGUGGUUUCUCACAGAUUCAGGGUCGGAACCUCGGCGAGAGCGGCGGUGGUCAGCAGAUGAGCGUAUUGCUCAAUUGGCACGAGAAGUUGGUCGAGAUUGCAGGUACUGGAUCGAUCGUGCGAGUCAUGACCGAUCGCCGUACGGUCUAA